AUGGAGCGGAACCGUUUGGCCGAGCCUGUGCCGCAGACAUGGUCCAAGAUGACGCAGCUCUGGGGAGGAGGUUACUACCAGGAGUUUGAGUACAUGCCCGAGGAAUACAAGGACAAGAAGGGCUUGAUUCCAAGGCAGGCAGAUCCAGACAAGCGAUCCAAGAUCGCCAACCACGACUGGCGGUAUAGUUCUCAGGAGAGGCGGCUGAAGCACGAGCCCAUGCUUAACAACCUGAGUGCCGACAAGGAGCAGUACCCCUAUUUGGGCGGCGAUAAGGAUGCCGAGCUGGAGGCAACCAAGCUCUUCCUGCGCUCCGUGGCGGUCGGUGCUAAGACUUCCCUGAACAAGUCGCAGGAGAAGUUUCUCAAGUCGCAGCAGUCCGCCUGGAUGCAGGAUAAGGCCCAGAUGACCUCGGAGAGCUCCUUCCUUGCUGGCCGAGGCAAGGGAUUGAACGACAAUGCUCGGAGUAGCCGCAUGACGCUGCCAAUCAUGGUCCAGCGACUUCAGAGGAAGGUGGACCAAGAUUGGGAGGGAUCCACCGUGGUGGUGAGCGCCACAGACCAGGACCUGAUCCAAGUGGCCUUCCAUAUGCACACCGUGGACUCUGAGCGCGGCGUCGUCGCGUACAUGGGUGUCCUGUCCAAGGACAUCGACCUUCUGGGCACGUUGGGCCUCCGCAAGGUUAGCCAGCUUUGGGGCAUGCAGCGGGAUUUCAGUGACGAGCUGCCCGCCGAGGCCGGCGAGCACACCUGGAUGUUUUUCCUCCUGGCGCCCAAGUGGGUGAAGAUGCGACCGACGGAUGCCUACUACACAGUCCAUCCUAGGUCACAGGGCUCUGCCUUCCGGAUGAGCACCGCUGGCUCCAGUGUGCUGCUGUCGCUCGGAUCCUCCGUCUUAGAGACGCACGAAACGCCGCGUCGCAAGGACGGCGCAUCGCCCAGGGCAGGCAGCUCCCACUCUGCCCGCGGCCCCUACGAGCCGAACCGGAGCCAGGCUCUUUCUGACCGCCCCAAAGUCGACCUCUCCUUGAUCGAGCAGGCGGUGAGCAGCCUCCCGGCAAUCAAGGAAGGUCGCUCCAAUGCCCCCGCGUGA